CUUUACUACGAGGAGGGUUUCAGCUUGUAUGGUCAUGCCAUCCCAUGAAGAGACCGACGGUUUGACCCGAAGCGACUCCACAUGAAGUGCCCUGCGAGUGCUCUGCGAGUGCUCUGGUGCAAGGAGAAAAGCAUGCGACUGUCGCCCGAGAUCAUGUUCAAUCUCCGUCCAACCUACUAGCGAUGGCCUCCAACCUAAGAGCAAUGGCCUCCAAGCUACUAGCGAUCAAGAUAGGGUUCCGGAUCGAGAUUCACGUUGGAUCUGCCACCAUGUUUGCGAGCUUUAUCUCGCACGUCCAAAUGGUCACUAUGAUCAAAUGUUGCAUGAUUUGCUGAUAAUUUAACAAUGCUGAGUUUGGGUUUCCUUUGCUACAGAUCUACCCUCAUAGGCAAUAAAGAACCUGUGUACAGGCCCUUCCCACCAAUCCAUGCAUUUUAGCUUUGACAGCAGGGAUCUGCUGGUAUGCAACACGAUGCCACGUGUUCAGUGGAGUGACCCAGAAAGAAAGCCAUGUUCUUCACGUGUUCACUUCGCUUCGAACAGCCCUCUCGCUUGACGUCAACGACCGGUGAAACCGUCGCUUCUUGACACGUGACGUCAUUGCGACCGGCAGCACUCCGGUUCAGCGGACCGGACUGGUAUUGAGGAACACGAGCAACGCUCCACCCGGGGUGUUGAGACCGAAAAAGACAUGGGGUUCGGAUGUCAUGGACCUUUGGAAGAGGAUUUUCCUCUACAAUCACCACCAACCUCGUGGGUGAAUUCUUCGGUAUAGGAAGCAUAGGAUGGAUGGCAUGGUACCGAACCUGGAGGAAGCGGAAACCCCAAAUGCAUGGUGCAACUUGGCCAGAUCCAUUUCGUCUCCAGCUCCAGGAGCUUCCCAAUUCCAGCCGUAUUUUAGGCCAACUAUAUCGACAUGGGAAUGCUGCGCAUAGAUAUCACUGUCACCUGGUGAGCCAUGCUGGACUACCCGGUGACUACCCUUGUUCUACACCCCAUUUAGCCGGUGACUACGGUCCAAUCCUUGGCUUUCGCUGGUCCAAUUGGCAGCUCAAGUCGACUCAUCUAUCACCGCAUCGCAACGCGCGGGCUACACAAAGAGCGAAAUGCUUCUGGACAGCUCUGUGGAGAUUCAGGUCUUUGGACUCGAUGGUGAUCAUUUCACUCUGACGAUGCCUGACUCCACCACUGGACAAGAGCUGUGCUGGAGGAUCUUGGAGCGCUUGCCAGCCAAGCGCGGCGUACAAAUCCUGGUGCAGAGAGGCUCCGAGACGCUGCAGCACGUGCCGCACCGACGACUCCACGAGUUCCACGACGAGUUCGCGCGCACCUCGGACGGCCACGCCGGCCCUUCGCACGUGCCACACGUGCAGCUCUCCUACGUCUACGUGCCGGUGAGCUUGGGCCAUGCUUGGAACCAUUUGCAGGGUGACUCCAUGGAUGUCUUUGCGCUGCAAGGGGUGACGCGGUUGAUUGGCCUGCCCAACCUGGCAGUGCUCUCGUCCUUUUGUGGAAGCCUCGAGACGUUGAGCUUCGAUGACGAGUUUAAUGAGCCGUUGGAAGGAGUGGUAUUCCCCAAGCAGCUUCAGAGGCUGUCCUUCGGCCGAAGUUUCAACCAGACAUUGACGAAGGUUCAAUGGCCUGAGACAUUGAAGACUUUGAAUUUCGCAAGGGACUUCAAUCAAAGCCUCAGCGGGAUUUCAUGGCCGAGCAGCUUGGAGUGUUUGAGCUUUGGUGACUACUUCAUCCAUCCCUUAGAGUCGUUGCCAGCGUUUCUGCAAGAGCUUCAACUGGGAGAAGAGUUCAACCGGAGCUUGAGGGAGGUGAGCUGGCCCAGCACUUUGCGGAGCCUCAGUUUUGGCGAUGACUUCAGCCAGAGCUUGGAAGGGGUUACUCUUCCAAAUUGCCUUGAAAGCCUUCGCUUCGGCUAUGGCUUCAACCAAAGCCUUGAAGGGGUGGUUUGGCCGAAGAAUUUGAAGAUCAUCGCCUUUGGCCACGACUUCAAUCAGCCAUUGGACCAAGUGACCUGGCCCUCUCUGGAAGUGUUGCAGUUCGGGGACAGCUUCAAUCAGCGCGUUUGGUGUACAGCAGUGCCUGGCCUGAAGAGCCUAACUUUUGGCAAGAGGUUCAAUCAGCCUAUCGAUGGCUUUGUGUGGCCACACCUGGAAACGCUGGUGUUUGGCGCGAGCUUCGACCAGAGCCUGAGAGAUGUGAGUCUACCCAGCGGCCUUCAAAACUUGAGCCUUGGUCCUUGCCAAAAAUUGGAUCAAAUUACUUUUCCAUCCACCCUCCAAAGCCUCACGCUUGACAGCAAUGAGAGUUUGGACGGGCACGGGCGCUUGCCUGAGAAGCUUCAAAGCCUGACGCUGGGUGAUAGCUUCAACCAGAGUUUGGAAGCUGUCACUUGGCCGAGGGGUCUUUGGAGCUUGACGUUUGGCAACAGCUUUGAUCAACCUCUUGGACAGGUGUCUUUGCCAAGCGGUCUUCAGAGUUUGCGCUUUGGUGAUGAUUUUGAUCAGGACCUCACGCGGGUGGUUUUCCCAGACUCUUUGCAGAGUUUGAGCUUCGGCCUACUGUUCGACCAAAGCCUGCAGCAAGUGACUUGGCCUGAGGGCCUCUUGUGUCUUACCUUGAGUUCUGCAUUUGAUCAAAGUUUAUAUGGCAUCUCUCUGCCCAACAGUCUCAAGAGCUUGACGUUUGGGACAGGAUUCAACCAACACUUGGAGCAUGUGGCCCUUCCAAGCAGCCUUGAGAACUUGAGCUUUGGUGAAGCCUUUAACCAGAAUUUGGACACAGUUUCUCUUCCUGAGACCUUGCAGAGACUUGUGCUUGGCUUCUAUUUCAAGCAAUCGUUGGACUUCAUAGCCCGGCUUCCCAGCCUUCGGACCUUGCAACUGGGUCCGGUGCACCGGAAACUCUUGAGAGGUAUCACUUUGCCCAUGACUUUGCAAGAACUGCACUUUGGCGACAAGAGAAGUUCAUCUCUCUUGAUCUCCACGAUCUGAGCCGGAAGUUCGAAGAGGAGAUUUGAAGAUCGGCCGGACUAGGGACGAUCGAGUCCAGAGGCCAAAGACCGGAGCUGAGGACCCCGCAAA